GCGUCACAGCAUAAAGCAUAAAACUACACGAUUGAACGGACAGCGGAGAGAAAAAAACGCAGCAACAGCAGAAAAAUGACAUCGUAUGUCGUGCAUCGCGUGGAGGACAAACGUUUUGUAAAUGGACGCACCGAAUACUUUUUGAGGUGGCGCGGCUAUCCUGCCAGUGAAAACACUUGGGAGCCUGCGGAGAAUCUGGAUUGCCCGGCCUUGAUAGCCAAAUACGAAAAGUCGGUGAGACUGCAGAAGAAGCAGAAGAAGAAGAAGCAGCAGCAGCCCGAGAACCGCGUGGCAACAGUCGCAACGCCAGAAAAUGUUCGCAGCGACGACGAGCCAGGGGCAAUGAAUGUGAAUGCGAAUGCGAUCAUGGGCUUUGAUCGCGGCUUGAAGCCGGCCAAAAUACUGGCGGCCACCGAUGCGCUGGGCGAGCUCAUGUUCCUGGUAAAGUGGGUGGGCUGCGAUCAGGCCGAUCUGGUGCCUGCCAAACUGGCCAACGAGCGCUGCCCACAGGUUGUGAUUGCGUUCUACGAGGAGCGCAUCGCCUGGCAGUCAGAAAAUUUCAACGGUGACGACGGCGCCGACAGCUACAGCUCUGACUAACAGCGGCGUGGCGGACCAGCCACAAAAGAGGAGAGAGGAUGCAAACAGAACAAGAAGAAGAAGUAGAAGAGGCCGAGGACAGCAACAACAAGAACGAUGGGAAGCAGAAGAAGCCGCCGCAUAAGGGAGACAACAGCAAGGCACUUCGAAUCGGAGAAGCAGACGACUGACGACUAAGAAAAUAUGAAAAUAAUCCAGCAUUGUUGUUGUUGUUGUUCGCGAGGGAUAAACAUAGAAAUUAUUUGUACAACUUAAGGAAGAUCCAACGGGGACCUAAAAGCAAAUAUGCGCUUGACUUAUUUUUUUUUUUUGUAUGUGAAAUAUAUGACAAUCGGAAGGUA